AUGGUUAUGAAAUCCGAACGUCUGAAACGAGACGAUACCGAAGUGAACGAGCACGACAAGCGGUGUCUGAGGAGAGCAGACUUGGAUAGCUCCGUUUCGGUCGUUGAAAUACCACCGAACAAUUUGAAACGUCAGCUAGUUCGGAAUCGUCUGUACGAUACCAUCUGUACAACACCGAACUGUAUUAUUUGUCCCACAGGUAGACCAGGAGACUGCUUGAGAUCCGAGGCGAAUGUGACAUUCGAACCAUUCGCCCUCCUGAUCGACCAGUCAGCGGUCCAUGCUAGGCGUCUCCGAUCUAAGGCUCUGAAGAAGGCGAUAUAA